AUGUUAUGUUGUUCUUAUUUGAGGUAUGGCGUGAGAUCGACAAUCAUCUUAUUACCACUACUUGGACUGACUUGGGCGUUUGGCUUGAUCUGUGUCAAUGAUGGCUUGGUCGUGUUCCAAUAUCUCUUCACAAUAUUUAACUCGCUACAGGUAUUAAAUACACAUUUUGCCGUAGUCUAUCAGAGAUAUGAUAGUUUGGAAACUUAACAGAAGUCAUUGUUUGAUGAUUUUGUCUGAGUUUAUGUACUAUUUAAAACACGACAACGAGUGUUUUGAAUAGCUUAAAAUACGACUACAAAAGAAUACUAGUUAGGAUGAACCAUAAUAUAAUCAUGCUAAUUAAGAUGAACAAUUAUAUAAUGCCACAUGUGUUUCAUCAGAUAUAAAGUCACUCCACGUAACAUAUUAUGGCUGACAUGAUUUGCCACAAGGUUUAUGAAUUAUUAAUGAGUAUUUUAAGUACUAUUUAAAGCACGCGUAGGAGUGUUUUAUCACAUAUAAAACACGACACGUAGCGGAGUGUUUUAUAUGUGAUAAAACACGACUACAAGUGCUUUAAAUAGCUUAAAAAACGACUCAUCUUAUACGAGUUCAUUGGCGAAGUAAUUUUUAAAAUAAACUUUGUCUAAACCGAGAAAAUCAAAGCUAAAAUUUAUGUAAAUUAACGUGAUUUUUAUCACAUAUAAAACCAUGACACGCUUAUGAUUUUUCUUUGUGUUUUGCUCCUGAAUUAUUAAUGAGUUUUUUUAAGUUAAUUUGUGCACUGUCAAGCCUGAUUUCCAUAUGGUCGUAAAAAUUGAGUCACGAUCUUUCUCAUCAGCCGAAAUACAACAUUUUAGAACUGAAAAUACGCGGAGUGAUUCUAGCUAGAGAAUACGUAUGAUUUAUUUGUGGUUUACAGGUAUAAACUAUUCUAAACUGGCCUUUGAGAAAGAUCGUGACUCUAUUUUUAUGACCAUAUCGAGUCCAGACUUCACAGUGAUUGAGCUCAUUGUAUUUUCGUAUAAUGAAGUAACCGUCCAAUAGGGAUAGCUGAGAUAAAACGCGACACCACGAUUCCAAACUCAUUAAUAAUUCAUGAGUAAAUUAGCCAACCAUAUAUUGCUUUAUUUUGCUCACAUGAUAAUCCCGGAUACCUGUUGAAGUAUAAUGAUUCAGUCCUAGAUCUGGAUCAAAAUGAAUUCAGUCCUUGGACGGGAUCAAAAUUAUUUCACCUCACUUAAAGAAGUGAUUUAUUCCUGAGAUGUCAUUUCAAAUCCUCAGACUGGACUAGAUUUCAAUUCCUCGCAUCUUGAUCAAGUCCUCGGCUUUGCCUCGGACUUCAUCAAAUUGACCAUUUGCGUAAUAGAUUAAUUUUGAACUAAACAAGUCUAGACAAAAAUUUCAUCACAGCUUGAAGGAGCAUCACAAAAUUAGUAAUAUUCCAAAGUUUCGUUGCAAAAUGUUGUAAAAUGCGGAAAAUAUAGCCUUGCGAAAUUUGAAAUUUUCAGUCAUUUUAGAUUACAAACGGGAAAUUGACAGCCCCAAACCCUUCGAGGCUGUCAAUUUUCCAUUUGUAAUCUAAAAUGACUGAAAAUUGCAAAUUUCGCAAGGCUAUAUUUUCCGCAUUUUACAACAUUUUGCAACGAAACUUUGGAAUAUUACUAAUUUUGUGAUGCUCUUUCAAGCUGUAAUGAAAUUUUUGUUGAGAUCAAAAUUCAGUCUAUUACGCAAAUGGUCAAUUGUGCGGACUUGAAAUCUAGUCCAGUCCUCAUAGUCGGAAUUAUAUACAUCAAUAAAUAAUAUUUAAUGAAGUUGAGCCAAAGGAUUUGUGUUUAUUUUGGUUUUCAGGGUUUGUUUAUAUUCCUGUUCCAUUGUGUUUUCAAUACUGAGGUAAAUAUAACAUAUAUUCGUUAUUAUGUUUGUGAUGUUACUUCGAGUGUGUAUCCACACCGGGCAAGCUUGAAAAAUAUCGGCCUGGCCACGGUCGUUAUUAGCUUUAACAAAUAUACGUAUCAUAAUUUAAUAUCAGUUAAACUGUCCUGGAUUUCAACUAUUUUUUUCCGAAAGCUUGAUGUUCCGAAUUUCACAAGCAGAUUUUUAAACUGAUGAACAAAGUUCGGAACAGUUAAUAGACACACGUCAAAACGCACAAGUUGUUACAAGUCUGAAACAAGUUGUUAGAAAUCUGUUCACAAGCUGUCGACAAGUUGUGUUCGCACUGCUUGUUCCCAGUUCUUGUAACAAGUUUGGAACAAGCUGUUAACAACUUGUAACAAGCUUGAUGGCAUUAUCAGACUUGUUAGAAGGUUGUUCUAAUAAGUCUGACACAGUCAUGAUAUAACAAGAAUGUUACAAGGUUGUUCUAACAAGUCUAAUACAGUCAUGAUUUAACAAGAAUGUUACAAGGUUGUUCUAACAAGUCUGAUACAGUCAUGAUAUAACAAGAAUGUUACAAGGUUGUUCUAACAAGUCUGAUAUAGUCAUGAUAUAACAAGAAUGUUACAAGGUUGUUCUAACAAGUCUGAUACAGUCAUGAUAUAACAAGAAUGUUACAAGGUUGUUCUAACAAGUCUGAUACAGUCAUGAUAUAACAAGAAUGUUACAAGGUUGUUCUAACAAGUCUGAUACAGUCAUGAUAUAACAAGAAUGUUACAAGGUUGUUCUAACAAGUCUGAUACAGUCAUGAUAUAACAAGAAUGUUACAAGGCUGUUCUAACAAGUCUGAUACAGUCAUGAUAUAACAAGAAUGUUACAAGGUUGUUCUAACAAGUCUGAUACAGUCAUGAUAUAACAAGAAUGUUACAAGGUUGUUCUAACAAGUCUGAUACAGUCAUGGUAUAACAAGAAUGUUACAAGGUUGUUCUAACAAGUCUGAUACAGUCAUGAUAUAACAAGAAUGUUACAAGGUUGUUCUAACAAAUCUGAUACAGUCAUGAUAUAACAAAAAUGUGACAAGGUUGACAACACAAGGUUGUAGCAAUAUUGUUAUAUCAUGACUGUAUCGAACUUGUUGGACCAAACUUGCAACAAGUCUGAUAAUACUAUCAGGCUGUUACCUGACAUCUUGUUGGCAACUUGUUGACAACUUGGGACAAGCAGUGCGAACACAACUUGUUCGCGGCUUGUUGGCAGACUUGCUACAAGAUGUGAGAUUUUUACAUGUGUAGUCACAAGUAAUUUCAAAUCCACUGUGAACCUUCUUGACAACUUGCGACAAUAUUCACUCAAUUGAACCAGUCCUGCUCAUUCUAUAAGCUUUCGUACUUAAUUUCUUGGCUUUCUCUAGGUUCGCAAAGCUUUCUGGAGAAAGGUAGACAUCUGGUUCACAAACCACAAUCUUCCAUAUGGAAACAACGCACACAGCCGAUCAAAAUCUAACAACGAUCUCUCUUCGAUAUGUACUCCCGUAAGUUUCAUCUUUAGUAAUGCUUUUGAAACCAACUUUAUUUAUACUGGAUAGCUCUAUCAGUUCCAGACUGUUCUUCCUAGAGAUCUAGUAAGGGUCAUCUCUUACUGAUCCAGUGUUACUACAGGAGGAAACCUAAACUAACUUUAUUUAUACUGGAUAGCUCUAUCAUUUCUAUAGUGUUCUUCCUAGAGGUCCAGUAAGGAUCAUCUCUUAUUGACCCAGUGUUAAACUAAACUAACUUUAUUUAUACCGGAUAGCUCUAUCAGUUCUAAACUGUUCUCCCUAGAGGUCCAGUAGGAAUCAUCUCUCAUUGAUCCAAAACCUAAACUAAACUAACUUUAUUUAUACUGGAUAGUUCUAUCAGUUCUGAACUGUUCUUCCUAGAGAUCCAGUAAGGUCAUCUCUUAUUGAUCCAGUUUUACUACAGAAGGAAAUCUAAACUAAACUAACUUUAUCUAUACCGGAUACCUCUAUCAGUUCUAAACUGUUCUUCCUAGAGGUCCAGUAAGAAUCAUCUCUUAUCGAUCUAGUGUUACUACAGGAGAAAACCUAAACUAAACUAUCUUUAUUUAUACUGGAUAGCUCUAUCAGUUCUAAACUGUUCUCCCUAGAGAUCCAGUAAGGAUCAUCUCUAAUUAUUGAUUCAGUGUACUGACAAACUCGCAAUGCAUUUACAGAUUUUUAAUUCUAUUCCAACAGGAUAAAGACAAAAAGACGCCGCCAAGAAACGGCCCAUCAAUGUACUCCUUCGACGAGCUGACGGAACGCCAGAGAAGAAAAUUCUCUACGGCAACCGCCAGCACCUGUAUAGACCCCUGGCCCCACAAACUCAGCUUAACCCCUUCUAUGGACGGCCCCCACCCUGCCAGAUUCACCCCAUCCCUAUCUUCUGAUGACAUCAAGUAUCAGCCGAUCUGCAAACAAAACGCUGGCCAAAAACGAAUCUCACCGAAGAAUCUGGGAACAAAAGUUGGGGAUCUCAAUGGAAACACUCAUAACCUGGACGGCGAUUCUGAUUUGCAAAAAGAUGGCGCAAGUUCUGUUCAAAACAAUGAAACGGGAUCAAAUUUAGCCAAAACUGGACAGAGUGUAUUGAAGGAAAAACAGCCAAAUACGAAUUCACAACAACAAAUUGUCCAAAUUUCAAGCAAAAACAUUGAAACUCCUAAAUCAAGCGAAGAAAGUUAUAUUCAGAAGCAACCAAACACUCAAAAGCCACGACCCACGAGAAAAUCCUCGCACGAGUCGCUCGGUGACGAACGAAACGUCGUCGGCAUUGGUGGUCAUGUUAUGAACUCAGGAGACAGUGCGGGACACGUUAGGAUAACUGAUGUGGACAAUAGUACAGGAAGCUUUGGGACAAAGUUAUAGAAGCGCGCUGAAUGACGAUAUGAUUAACUUGUGGGGUGGAUCUAGCCUCAUCUGCAAGGAGGGGUGCAGGUUUUCCAUGGGGUGGUGCAUGAGGGAGCCUUACUGCCCACUCUCCUCUGCAGUCUGCAACGCUACUAUCCCAACAUUACCAUUAUUUGAGAUGGCCGAGUCCGUAUCAAGUCAACAAGCUGUGAAUCGAAGCAGUGCGAUUUAGGUGUACACACUUAAAAUCUCACAUCUUGUAGCAAGUCUGUCUACAAGCCGUCAACAAGUUGUGUUCGUACUGCUUGUCCCAAGUUGUCAACAAGUUUGGAACAAGCUGUUAACACUUAACAACUUGCAACAACCUUGUUGAUAUUAUCAGACUUGUUGCAAGGUUGCUCCAACAAGUCCGAUACAGUCAUGAUAUAACAAUAUUGUUACAACCUUGUAAGAUUCUCGUUAUAUCACGACUGUAUCAGACUUGUUAGAACCUUGCAACAAAUCUGAUAAUGCCAUCAACCUUGUUACAAGUUGUUAACAGCUAGAAACGAGCACGUCGACAACUUGCGAACAGUUUUGUAACAAUUUGUUUGCAGACCUGUAACAACUUGUGCGUUUUUACGUAUGUACUGCAUAAAAACCUCACAGCUUGUCAACAAGAUAUGUUCGCAACAGGCUUGUACCAAGCUUGUCAACAAGUUGUAACAAUGCUGUCAUUUCAUCAAGUUGCUACAAGGUUGUCACUCACAACUUGUUGACAAAUUGUUGAAUUGCAAGACGAUAACAAGUUGUUGGAACAACUUAUAACAAGUCUGUUGAGCUCAACAACCUUGUGUAGCAAGUUGUCAACAAGCUGGGAACAAGCAGUGCGAACACAUCCUGUUGACAAGUUGUUGGAACAGCAUUGCUACAAGUCUGCUGCAGGUUUGUUACAACUUGUGCGUUUUUACGUGUGUGCUAUAUGACGAACGCAAACAAGACCAAGAGUCGAAAAGAACCGAAGGAAAGCAUAAACACAAGAGGAUGUAAAACCAACGAAUAUACAAUUACAAUAUUGUAGUUAGUACUAUUAUAUUUAGCAAUGCUGUAUGUACUAAAUUACUGUAUAUAUUUGUAUAUAGCAUUCUAGCUUUACUUCAUAAAGUAAAUUAAGAAUUAUGCACGAUUUUUUCAUAAAUUCUCACUCAUUUUAAUUUAACCUAUCGAGUAUGGAGGUUAAAAAUUACAAGUCAUACACAUAAUUAAUAUUUCUCAUUUUUAAUCGAGUUCGAUAAUGGAAAAAUAUCUAUUUAACAUGAAUAAGUUGAGCUAGGACUUAUUUAAGGCGUCACUUACGACUAUAUUCAAAUUUUUGAUACGUUUCAAACGGCAAGCAAACUUAAAAAGUAUGUUUAGUGCUUUAUCUGUAACAUUGUGCUAAAAUGAAGAUAUUUUAGAUGGUACGCCAAAGAGAAAAUGAUGUCUGAAGUUCAGUAAGUUUAAGUUUUUUUUAUAUUGCUGUAUAAAUAUGGCGUCAAUUCAGUACAGCAUCAAUGAUAAUUGUAUUGAAAUUGAUAAUAUUCAACUAUUAUUUUGUGUUUCUCAAACGCCAGACACACUUAAAAUGGUUCUAACUGUGUGAACUACAAAAUAAAGCCAAACUUCAGUACGACAGUGGCGCUUUACAGAACAAAAAUUCUUAUUUACGAAAGGGUAGGCAGAAAUUCAUUUUCCCAUUGCUGGAACUGAAAUAGUGUUCCUAGGCCUAGCUUUUCUGGGCCAAAAAUUAAAUACUCGUAAUCUUCGUACUCUAAUUGAUGAGAACGAUUUAUAAUAAUAGAGUUAUAUAUUGGUUACAAAAUUAAUAUUGUGCAAUUUGUCGCACUCUAUAAUCUAUAUGUAAAAUUAAUUAUAAGUUCUGUACCAGAAUAUGAUGGUCAAAUAUGUCAAAAAUAUCAUCAGAAAUGAUCGUUCAAGGUCGCUCGCCCGCAGCCAGUCUGCGGUUUAUAUCUUCAAUUACGGGAGGCAGUUCAGCGAUGCUGUCGAUCACGUAAUGUGCACCCGCGUUCGCCAAAGUUUCGUAGGAUUUUGCAAUCUUGAGCUCGUAUUCUUCAUCGCUCAGUUCGUUUAUUUCACUUUCGUUUAAUGCAACGUAAUUACCCUGAAAAAUAUUAGAUCAUAAAAAAGAUUAUAUUACCGCUAUUUUCAAAAGCAUUUGUUUUUAACUUAUCAUUUGAGUUCAGGGGUCGAAAUUCCCGCUAUUCCGAAUAUACUAAAAUGCCUGACGGAAUAGUAAACUUGAUGAUCACAGUAUUCCGUUUGUAUAGUAGAAAAAGUUGUGCUACCAUAUAUCGACAAGCAAGAGUUUUCCUCUUGUAUAAUAUAUCACCGCUUUAUACCGGACUUUGAGCCACUGUUCCACUUCGUAGAUAAGUUCUUGUUCGCUUGCAAUACUUGCAUAUUCUAAUUUCUUUGCAGCAAUAUUAUUGUUGAUUUCAAGUCACUUUUCAACGCGCGGUUCCCAAGUUCGUUGCGAACUUGCCAAUUACGUUUCCAAGUUCGGAAAUUGGGCGCGAACUUCGCAACAAAGUUCGCAAGUUCAUCUCAGUGUUUGAACUUUGUUUUUUAUUAAUAAUUUGUUCAUCACUGUACAGAGCAAUGCACU